AAACCCAGUUCCCCUCCCUAACUAAAAACACCCAUCACCCUCUUCCUCCAUUUCUCUUUCACCACACAGCCAGAAACCAUGGCAUCACCAACCCUAUUAACUCCAACCUCCAAACCAACACCACUCUCUCCUCUCAAACCCAAAUUCACCACCACCAUCACCAGCAGCUCUUCCACCCCCACCACCACCACCACCAACACUGCCGCCACCUCCUUUCAACCUCGCCGCCGUGAAUUCUUGUCACUAGCCACCACCAUCCUCUCUCCUGCAUGGCUCUUUCCAAUGACUCCAGCAGCACUAGCUGCUUCAGACGAAGAGUACGUAAAAGAGUCAGAAGAAGUAAUCAACAGGGUCAGAAACACCAUUAACAUGGACAAGACUGACCCUAAUGUGGCUUCUGCAGUGGCUGAGCUAAGAGAGACUUCAAAUUAUUGGGUGGCUAAGUAUAGGAGGGAGAAAUCUUUGCUUGGCAGGGCUUCAUUCCGGGACAUAUAUUCAGCUCUCAAUGCUGUUUCGGGACAUUAUAUUAGUUUUGGCCCAACAGCACCUAUUCCGGCAAAGCGGAAGGCAAGGAUUUUGGAAGAGGUGAACACUGCCGAGAAGGCCUUGUUGAGAGGAAGAUAAAGAGAAGUUAGUAACUAAUGGAGGAAGUUUUUUUUUAUUUUGGCCAAAUUUUUGGGUUUUUUUUUUAUUUGCUAUUCCAUUUUUAGUAUUCGAAUAUCAUUUUGCUUGAAUUUGAUCAGUUACAGCAUGAAGUUCACUUUGUGAACUAUUGGGGGGAAUUCUACAAAUAAAUGAUAGAGUCUAUUUCAUUGACAUGAAAAAUUUGAGAUGUGCAUGUUUUAGUAAGGACAUAUGCUCAACCAUGCCCGAGGGGCGUGUGUAGUUUCUGGCAUGUCAAUUAGCAAUCUCACUGUUCAUACAGAAUGAAAUUUACUAUUCUCAAUUUUCGAUUUA